AUGACAGACGAAGAAUUGCUUCGGAGAGCUUUAAUAGUUUCUAGCAAGGGAACAUUUGCCUUUGGCUCCUCUGUGGGACAAUUGCUGAAGCAGCAGUAUUUCAUGGCCGAAGAAUUCCAAUUGAGUUCACUGGCAUCAAGUUAUACUUGGUGUGAUGUAUUGAAUAUGACUAUACACAAAUAUGAGGUUGAAUGGGGAAAAUUCAGCAUGAUUGAAGCGGAACGUCGCCUACUAGCCAACUCACUACUCGAUAAUUCUAACCGACGCUUCAUUCUACUUUCAAAAGACACUGUCGGUUGCAGUCGAUAUAGCAAACGAAUGAAACCCCUAAUCAAGCUAUAUCAAUGGAGAAAGGGUUCACAAUGGUUCGAGAUCGACCAUAAGCUCGCGGUCGAAAUCAUCUCCGACGACAAAUACUUACCAUUGUUCAAAAGAUUUUGCAAGACUACAUGUUGUUUAGAUGAGCAUUACUUGCCUACAUUUGUUAGCAUGAAAUAUCGGAGGAGAAAUUCAAAUAGAAGUUUGACUUGGGUUGACUGUUCAGAAGGUGGGCUCCAUCCAGCCAAAUUUGGUAGAACAGAAGUGACCAUUGAUUUGUUGAAGAAGAUGAGGAAUGGAAGACAAUGCUUGUGUAAUGGAAAGACUAUAAAUAUUUGCAAGCCAAAUUUGUUGGGUUUGUGA